CUCGCUCCUCGCCAUCCUAAUCCGGGGUCACUGGCCCGGCAGCCGCUUGUCUUCAACCACCAACGAAGCACAGGAGUCAGAAAAAAUGGUCAACAUCGAGCGCGUAUCGCAGAGCACGGCCACGACGGACGAGAUCAAGGCGAUCGUUGCCGCGCCGCCCGUGCUGACGACGCCGCUGACAAAGACGCUCAAGAUCGCACACCCGGUCCUGCUUGCGGGCAUGAAUCAGGCCGCUGGGCCCGAGCUGGCGGCGGCCGUGUCCAACGCAGGCGGGCUCGGCGUCAUUGGCGGCGUCAUGUUCACGCCCAAGAUGCUCAAGGAGCAGAUCGACGAGCUCAAGGCCAACCUGCGCGAGCCGGACCUGCCGUGGGGCGUGGACCUGCUCCUGCCCCAGGUGGGCGGCAAUGCGCGCAAGACGAACAAGGACUACACCCAGGGCAAGCUCGACGACCUCAUUAGUGUUGUUGUCGAGGCCAAGUGCACCGUCUUUGUCUCCGCCGUCGGCAUCCCGCCACGCCACGUCGUCGACCGUCUUCACGGGGCGGGGAUCCUGCUCGCCAACGUCAUUGGCCAUCCCAAGCAUGUCGCCAAGGCGCUCGACGCCGGGACGGACUUUCUGAUUGCGCAGGGCGGCGAGGCCGGCGGCCACACGGGCGACGUGCCCUCGUCGAUUCUCAUCCCGCGCGUUGUCGACCUCGUGCGCGGCCGUCGCAGCCCGCUGACGGGCGAGCAGGUCCAGGUCGUCGCUGCUGGCGGCAUCUACAACGGCCGGGGGCUGGCAGCGGCGCUGUGCCACGGUGCGGCCGCCGUGUGGGUGGGCACGCGCUUUGUGUGCGCGCGCGAGGCCGGCGCCCCGCGCGCUCACCAGGAGGCCAUCCUCAAGGCCACGCACGAGAGCCUGAUCAAGACGACAAUCUUCACGGGCCGGCCGCUGCGGAUCAUCAACACGCCCUACAUCCAGUCGUGGGAGGACCGGCCAGAGAAGAUCAAGGAGCUGCUGGCGCGCGGCGUCGUGCCCAUCGAGUACGACCUCGAGCAGGGCGACGACGACGAGGGCACAAAGGUCAAGGGCAUCCUCGCCCACUGGUUCGCGGGCCAUGUCGCCGCCGUCGUCGACACCAUCAAGCCGGCCAAGGACAUUGUCGACGAGAUGGUCCAGGAGGCCGCACAGGCGCUCCAGUCGGGCCGCGCCCUCGUCGUGGGCGCGGGAGGGGCUGCGAAGCUGUGAUUGUCCGAGAACAUAAGAGUGGGAAGAUGUCUUCGUCUAUCUGUGCACCCUUGUAAAAGCUGUGGCAUUACAGCUGCCGUCUGUCUCUACAUGCACGCACUGGAUCUUGUGCCCAUCUAAAAUGUCAUUGCUGCUGCUACUGUUACACUGGCGCCCGCGAAGAGGUGCGCGCAGACCGUCGUCUGGUCUUUGGCCUCUCCUGCUCCUGCUCCUGCUCCUGCUCCUGCUCCUGCUCCUGCUCCUUUUCUUCCUUUUCUGGCCCCUUCUCUUCUGCGGCUUCCUCGGCACCCGCCCCACGCCCCCUGCCCGUCGGCGCCCGUCUGGGGCUCUGGCGCGUCGGUGCGGCCGUCCGCUUUCGCUUC